GUUUGAUGUUCGCCAUACUCCAUAUUGAAGACACAAUAUUCAAGGGAGGAGCUUAUUUGUUCCGAGAGAGAAAGAGAGAGGAAGAAUCUUUUUCCAUCCAAUCCAAACUAUUUGGGUAGAUUUUGACAGCAGCUGAUUCGAAUUUCGAAAUUUAAACUUUGAUGACUAUCAAUUUGCAAUGAAUUUGGUUUCGAAAACAUUUUUCCAUUUGCAAAGAAAAGAAAAAAUAUGGAUCCAAACGUAAAACUUUAUUUUUGUCCAACAAAUUUAAAUAAUUCAUUAUUAAUCAAUGAUAAUAAUGAUAAUUGUUCAUCUGGUUUUUAUAAAUGUAUCGGUUUUGAACGUGGUUUUCUUCAACAAUGUAAAUUUUCUUCAAAUUUACAAAGUGAUUUUCAUUCACAUCUUCAACAUGAACAUGAAUUUACGAAAUAUUUUUGUCGAUAUUGUUUUCUAAAAGAUUCUUCAAAUAGAAGAUAUUUUCGAAGUCCAAUCGCUUUGAUCACUCAUUUGGAUAAGAUACAUAAAAAUCAACAUUUUCAAUGUAAUUGUUGUUCAUAUCGUGCCAUAACUGCUGAUCAUGUUAAUCUACAUCAAUUAUUUUGUCAUCAAAAUGUUUGUCAAGAAAAUCGUUGUAUUUAUCAAAAAACACCGCCACAAAAUUCCUCAUUGAAAUUGAAAUAUUUUUAUGAUAAAUACCGGAUUGAACAUAUAGCUGAAAAUCGAUAUCGAUAUCAAUGUCUUUAUUGUAAAUAUUGUUCGAAUAUAUUUCAAGAAACUAUUCAACAUUUGGUUCGUUUACAUCCUGAAUUUCCAUUACUUUAUUAUGAUGAUAGUGAUGAUGAUGAUGAUGAAUUUUCCACUAAUAUCAACAACAACAACAACAUUCAAACAUUAUCGAAGGAUGGUGAUCAUCAUCAUAUAAAUAAUCGAAAAUUUAUUAACGUUCGUAAUAAUGCUAUUAAUCAAAAUACGAAUGAAUUUUGUUGUUUUUUCUGUGAUGAAAAAUUUUCUUUAAAGAAAAAAAUUCGUGAUCAUUUGAUUCAACAUUUAUUUGAUUCAAAUGAAAAAAUUCGUCAUGAAUUUUUUGAAAAUUGGAUACAAACAUUCAUAUCAAAACAACAUUACUUUAAAGAAUUUUAUCCACAAUGUCCAAUUUGUUUGAAAUUAGGAUACAAUCCUAUUGAACCGAAAAUUGUUUCCAAAUUUGUAAAUAGUAAUAAUCAACAUAAAGAACAUUAUAUGGAACAUUCAUCAUUUCAAAAAUUUAAAUGUUUAAUUUGUUUUAAUGAUCAACAGAUUGAUUAUUGGCUAAAAGAUUCAUAUCAUUAUAUUAUUAAUCAUAUGAAUGAAUUUCAUUCGGAACAAAUUCAAAAAUCAAUACCAUAUGAUUUUAAAAACAAUAAUAUUAUUCUUUGGCAACAAAUCAAACAUUUUUUACAGGAAAAAUCUAUACUUAUGGAAUAUACUGCAGCAAACAUUGAAAUAAUGAAACAUUUUAAUAAUGAUAAUCUAAAUGCAUUGAAACGAUUGGAAGAACAAUAUCAACGACAUUUGUCAUUAUUUUUUUUUUGGUUGAAAAGAUAAGAUAAAUGAAAAAUUUUAUUGACUUGGUUAUAUAAUUUUUUUCAGAAAUAAUAAA